AUGCCGAGGUGGGAUUCGGAGGAAGGAGCUGCUGCUGACGAGGCUGCCGCGGCGGCGGCAGUGAGGCUGGCCAUCAAGAUCCGGAAGCGCCGCGCGGUGUCGUCGUCGGGGGGCUCGGACCCGGCGGCGGGGAGGAGGCUGCGGUCCAGGCGGCCCGCGGUGCUGCUGCCGCGGCGCCGGACCAGCGCCGGCGGGGACAUGUCGGAGUCGUCCCGGAGCCGGCAUUGCCGUGGCGGCGGCAGCCGCCUCGCCGACGGGACGCGGCCGUCCGCGUCCGCGUCCGCGAGGAGGCUCGUCGACGCGUUCUGGCAGAACAUGGACAGCGGUCUGCUUGAAGGGGACGCGGCGGCGGCGCGCCGGUGCUUGGUUCCGUGGAGCGGCGCCUCCACGGAGGUGUCCAAGAGGUCAAGAAGUAAGAGCAAGAUCUUGGAGGCUGAUGGUAAGGGAAGUCGGCGCAACGGCCACGCUCUGUGGCUCUCGGCAGAUAUGAUGAGCAACGGCAGCGCAAUGGAGGUUGGUACAUUCUCUCAAGACGAUGUUUCAAGAUGUCCUGACAAAACAGUGAACCUACAGGAUCUGCAGAACAGCUUGAUUGCAUCUAAGGAGCUGGUAAAAAUACUUGCCCACAUAUGGGGACCUGGAGAACUGAAUCCGUCAAGUGUAUCACUCAUUUCUGCUCUACGUUCAGAGCUUGAUGUUGCCCGUUCUCAUGUUAGAAAGCUAAUCAAAGAACAGAAAUCUGAUUCCUUUGAAAUUGAGGGCUUAAAGAAGCAACUUACAGAAGAAAUGGAAUCGUGGAAGGUAAAACAAAAGGAGAAGGUUGCAAAUGCUCUCCAAUUUAUAGUUUCAGAGCUAGACACUGAGAAGAAGUCAAGGAAAAGAGCCGAGAAGACAAACAAGAAGUUGAGCAUUGCCUUAGCCAACACUGAAGCCUCACUGCAGGAAGUGACGAAAGAACUUGAAUGGGAAAGGAAAUCUAAAGGAAGAGUUGAGAAGAUCUGCAACGAGCUCAUCAGAGGCAUUGAUGAGGACAAAGCUGAGGUGCAGGCACUGAAGAGAGAAACCGAGAAGGCACAAGAAGAGCUCCAGAAAGAGCGUGAGAUGCUUCAACUUGCAGAUGAGUGGCGUGAACAAAGGGUUCAGAUGAAGCUGUUAGAAGCACGGCUUCAAUUUGAGGAGAAAAAUGCAGCUGUUAAUCAGCUGCACGAUGAACUCCAAGCUUAUCUGGAUACGAAGAAAGAGGAGCCAUUGAAUGAUCCAAUGCAACUGUCCCAUGCAUCUGAAAAUGGCGCCGCUGCAACUGAUGUAGUUCCUGACAGAAAUGGUGGAAACUGCAGCGAAGAUGAUGCAUCAGAAGGCAGUGAUAUACACUCGAUUGAGCUGAACGUCGAUGGCAUCAACAGGACAUACACCUGGAGCUACACUCCUUCCUCUAAAGGCAGGCAGAUGAGCGCAUCAAGGCAUGAAUCAUUUUCGGAUAGAGGGAUGGAUGGCGUGAACUCAUGGCGUUUAGAGCAAAGCUUUCGGGACAUGGAUGAAGAACUAGAGGGAGACUGGGCCAAAGGGUGUAGCAACGGAAUGCUGACCUUGGAUCAUGAUGAGGAGAGGUAUCUGGCAAUCAAGAAUCUCAGAGAGCAGAUGCUGGCCGGGUCGGGGUUCAUCCUGUCACAAGGUAGAGAAAAUGCUGAAAAAGAGUAUUGUGGCUUGUAA